GCUUUACUUAGCUUGCCCCAUUCUUAGAUAUAUAUUCAAUAUUUAUAUUUGUCUUUGUUUCCCUUUCCCUCAUGGCUCUGCUCCCUCCAUUCUCGUGGAAAUCCUCCAUGGCUCCCAUUCUCCUGCUCAUUGUGUUGUUUCACAUUGCAGGGGUACAAUCCAUUGGAGUCUGUUUCGGGAGAUUAGGCAACGAUUUACCAUCCGUAACUGAAACCAUAAACCUCUACCAGAGAAAUGGCAUCCGAGCGCUGCGACUCUACGAACCCGACACCAACGUCUUCGAAGCUCUCAGAGGAAGAAACAUCGAUGUCAUCCUCGAUGUCCCAAACGACAGGCUCCAAGCCCUAACCGACCCGGCUAGAGCCCACGAUUGGGUCUCCGCUAACAUAGUACCCUAUCCCGACGUCAACUUCAAAUACGUCGCUGUCGGGAACGAGGUCUACGCCGAAAACUCCGGGUCGGCUCAAUUCCAAAACUACGUUCUCCCCGCCUUGAGAAACGUCCACAACGCCUUAUCGGCGGCGGGUUAUCAGGGCCGAAUCAAGGCCUCCACCGCCACCUACUCCGCCGUGUUAGCCAACACCUACCCACCAAACAAUGGCGUUUUCAACGAUAAAGCCAAGGAUUUAAUGAACCCCAUCGUGGGAUUUUUGGCACAGAAUAAUUUACCUUUGCUAGCCAACAUAUAUCCUUAUUUUGCCCGAAAAGGCGACCCGAACAAUGUCCCGCUGUCUUUCGCGUUGUUCUCCGACAGCCAACCAAACCCUGCCGGGUACUUCAACCUCUUCGACUCCAUGGUGGACUCCAUGUACGCCGCAGUGGAGAAGGCCGGCGGUUCCAAUGUGCCCAUCGUUGUCUCCGAGAGCGGCUGGCCGUCGGCCGGCGGCUUUGAAGCCACCGUGGAUAACGCCGCCACGUAUUAUCGGAAUCUAAUUCAGCACGUCCAGGGAAACAGUGGGACUCCCAAGAGGCCUGGGAGCCCAAUUGAGACUUACCUCUUCGCCAUGUUUGAUGAAAAUCAGAAAACUGGGGAUGAAACCGAGAAGCAUUUUGGACUGUUUAGCCCUGAGCAGAACCCAAAGUAUCAGCUUAGCUUCAACUGAGCUCAACUUCAAGUAAUAGUGUAUUGAAUAAAUUGAAAUAUAUAGUGGAUUGGUUAAAGCUAAAGUUGCCCUUUUCCCUGAAUAGGAGAAUGGGCAAUAUAUAUAUUUUCUAGAUUCAACAUGUUCUUUGUAACUUGUUUGAACAAUAAAACUCCGUUUCUAUAGGUAUUAAUUGUGA